AAUGCAUCGGAGCUCGACAUUGUUAAUUCUGGUCUCGAGUACACCGUGGAGCAUACUGCAAAGGCAAUGAUGGAUACUGCCGACCGAUAUAACCUUGGUUUGGACUUCCGCACGGCUGCGUACAUCUGCUCUAUUGAGAAAAUCUUCCACACCACCCGUUUGUCUGGCACAAUCUUCUAA